AUGGCAGCACCACCAGGUCCAGGAAAACCCUUUCUCUUAACGCGGAGGGCCAACAAUCCAGGCUACAACCUACAGUCACCUCGAGCGCAUAACACAUUUCAACUAGCACCGGUAAAGGAGUUUGCUUUUGCCACUCACUGUGGGGAGAUUCGUGAUAUCAUUCAAGCUACUUUGGACGAAGCACUGGCAGACAGUCGGCCUGACUUGCAACAAGUACUCAUGGACGCGUUGGGCAAGAUUAGGACGGAUCUUCUGCAAAUUCAGGCACUGUUCUUUCCGCGUCAUCGCAUUGUGGUUCAUGGGAUAAUCGGUGGUGUAGUGCAUAAUCAGCCUUCGCUCAUCUAUGGUAGUCAAUGUCUGGGCGAGCAUGAAUGUGGUGACGAUGGAGUCAGUGUUUCAGUUAGGAGUCAUGACAAAUUUAUCUGUGUCAGUGUGUACGGUUUUUAUCAGAGUUAG